GCAAGAGCUUCAACCUGUCCAUCAUCAUAAGCACGGCGCCCAUGCAGAUGACAACCCUCACAAAAGCCAUCAAAGUGACGGUGGACGGACCAAGGGAGCCGAGGAACAAGUCACGUGAGUGGAUCGUUGGUCACCCUGGUUGGGGAUUCCCCUUAGGCUACCACCCUUGGCUAGACUCUCAUCUCUCGGCCUUAGGAUACAACCUCGGCCUCACAGCCUUCAACCCUUUGGCUCACACGAAGGCCCUCGAGCUGGCAAGAGUGGGCGGCAACGGCUGGUUGGACGCCUGGCGCGGAGCUUCGGGGCUGGUGGGAGGCCUCGGCAUGGGGGUGGGCGGGUCUCCGCUCUCAGGCGCCGCCCUCUCCGGUCUCUCCGCCCACUCGCUCCCUUCCCUGCCCGCCCACAACCCCGCCCACAGUCACGCCCUCUCCACCAUAACCAACACGGAAAUUCCGAGACCAAUACUAACAGGAGAGACGCGGUGCCUGCGGUGCCGCGGAUGCGAGUCGGGCGGCCCCUGCAGCGCCCUCCUGCACCCCGCCUCGCAGCCGCCGUCGGCCUCGCCCUCGUCCUCGUCCCCCUCCACCCUGUCCCCCACCAGCACCAGCAGCACCAGCACCUCGAGCGUGAGCAGCACCAGCAACAGCGUGAGCAGCAGCCGGCCGCCGCCCCUGGCCCCGCUGGGCGGCCUCAGCGCCUUCUCGAUCCCGCGGUCGCUGGGCGCGGGCGCCAAGGCCUCCAGCUUCCCGUCGCGCGAGUCGUCCUUCCAGCCCGUGAAGCCGUCGAGCGAGCGCAGCCCCGAGACCAAGGUGUGGCGGCCCUACUGAGGUCUGGCCACGCUGCUCGAGGAACUGCGGGCCAGGGCGGCGCUGCGGAGGCCCCGCCCCGCACCCCCGCCCGCGGCGCCCCUCGGCUCCUCGGCGGGGCGGGGGGAGGGGAGGGCGCCCCUGGGAGACGCCGC